ACAUCCGGUAAGAACGAGUCUUCAGAGCGUUUCUGUUUCAGGACGAACGAGUCUGAGUGUACUUUGUUCGCUAUACCUGGUACUAGCUUAUCAGCUUAGCUAGCUAGCUGGAAACAUAUCGACGGGAGGCGGGGCGUCAGCGUGAUUGACAGGGAGUGUGUCAUGAGAAAAAAGCCGUUUGCCUUUGUGUGAAAAUGUCUAAAGUCCAAAUCUUGAGAGCGCUGGUGACGCAGAGACUAAACGCAGCUGCUGAGGAGAUAUUUGGGCUGUUUGAAAGAACAUUUGCAGAAUAUGAGGCGGAACUGUGUCGUUCAAAGGAGGAAAACCACCAACAGCGACAUCUACUGGGCACUAUGGUUCGAACAGCAGAUGUGCAGCGUUUAUUGGGGAAUAAAGAAGAGGUCACCUCUGAGUGGCAGCCGUGGUGCAUCAGUCUGGACCAGGAGGAUCCAGAACCAUCACACAUGAAAGAGGAACAGAAAGAAUUCUGGAGCAGUCAGGGGGGAGGGGGAGAUGAUCCCUCCAAGGUUCCACACUCUCCUGUUCCUGUGAAGACCGAAAAUGACAAAGAGACUCUGCAGUCAUCAGAGCACAGCACAGAACUAGAACCAGCCAGACACUCAGAUCCACAUGAUUACUUUCAGCCAGAUACUGAUGACCAAACCUUAAACUCUGUAGAACUCGAGACUGGUAGAAGGACUGAUGUUUGGAAGGACACCUCAGGUCCUCAGUUUGUUAGAAAAUGUCUGAAAAAUAACGAAGUCCCUGUAAGUGAUAGAAGAUAUAACACAGGAGAAAAACCACUGAGUUGCUCCCACUGUGGUAAAAGAUUUGCUUACCAGAACAGUUUAAGGAAACACAUGUCAAGUCAUACAGAAGAGAAACCAUUUAGCUGCUCCCAGUGUGGCAAAAGAUUUUCCUACCACAACAAUCUGACGCAUCACAUGAUAACUCACAAAGAAGAGAAAACAUUUAGCUGCUCUGAGUGUGGCAAGCGAUUCGCUUAUCAGAACAACCUGAAGAAACAUAUUGUCACCCAUGGGGGACAGAACACGUUUAGCUGUUCCUCAUGUGGUAUGACGUUUGGUAAACGGACCCUCCUAAAGUCACACAUGAUCGUUCAUACGGCAGAGAAAAAGUUUAGCUGCUCUCAGUGUCACACAAGAUUCAGACACAAGUACAAUCUCAAUAGUCACAUGAAAAUUCACACAGGAGAGAAACCGUUCAGCUGCCCUACAUGUGGUAAAAGGUUUGGCCGUAGGAGCAAUCUAAAGGCUCAUAUGAGAUGUCACAAUAAACCUUACAGCUGUUCUGUUUGCAAUCAAGGUUUCAAAAAAGAAAAUGAUUGGAGAAGACAUAUCGUGGUCCACACAGGACAAACUGGUUUUUAAUACCGUGUUUGAGGGAAAAGACUAUCAUAACUCUUGAAUGUACUGAGUUUUCAGAUCAGGAUGUCAUGUCUGUGAUCAAAAACUUUUUUUGAACACCUUUAAGUCCACAGCUAUUUUUAACCAUUUGAUUAUGUCCAGAUUGGAGAUCUGGUUCUACUGAUCUACGGAUCAGGCGCACAACAGAGAGGAAAAAAAUGUUUGUCUUUGUGGUCAGAGGCAUUUUACUAAAACAAAGCAACACAGGAUACAUUUAUUACUUUUUUAAAUGCUAAAAUGUCUCCUUUGAUAUUAAUUUGACAUAUACUGUUUUAAAAAAAUACGAGCAUAGACUGAAAAGUUCUAAGGCUCACUAUAAUGCAGUUAAUGCAUUACUCCUUCAUGGGGAGCCUUAGAACUUUUCAGCCUAACCUCAUAUGUCCAUGUUUGCAAAUGUGGUGAGUAUUGGAGGGGUGUGUGUGUGUGUGUGUGUGUGUGUGUGUGUGUGUGUGUGUGUGUGGUGUGUGUGUG